UGUGAUAAACUUAUUAAAUAAGUCAAUGAGCGGAAGAAUAUCCGUGGUCUCCAAUACUGGGAGUAGCUCAGGAGGUACAACAGGUGGGGGAUCGAUUGGGCCCUCUAUAACAUCUGGUGGGACUCUUUCUGCUUCCUUACAGGGGACCAGCUACAAAUUGGUUGUUGAUGAACCACCUGAUUUAAUGAUCAAUCUGGAAACGAAUGCCUACGAGCAGCGGAUGCCAGACUAUUCUGAUUUCAAAAUGAGGAUCGAAGACUCGAAUGCAACACUCCAAUCAACAGUUAGCCGAGCUUUCGCAGAUUUAGAGCUGGACCAAUUAGCUCUAAAGCGUUUGGAAAACAUAGCAAACACGCCUUUCAGUAUAUAUCUGAAUGGUGUAAACUUUCAACUCGUCAAAAAGACUGUGACUUACUUUCCAACUGGAGACUCAAAAUCAGAAAAGCGAACGAAAGAAGUUUACGGGAAUACAAGUUAUCGUUUCAAUGAAAAAUCAACGAACUUCGAUAUACCAACGGUGAUGGGCCAAUGGUUUUACGUUAUGUUGAAAGAGGAGAUGCUAAUAGGAAGCUUGAAAAAAUUUUUCGAUGCCGAAAGUACCAGUAUGACAGAAGAUGAGUUUAAAAAGACAACCGAAUUAGCACUUAUUGCCAUCCGUUCUAAUUUGAUCAACAAAUUUUUCGUCACUGAAUUCCUGAGUGAAAAUCUAUAUGACCAGAUUCUUCAUCUCUUAGAAAAACAGCAAAUGUUCGAAAAACAUAGCUCAAUUCUUCUCAGUUUCGUACAUAUAAUGAAUGUUCUCCUUGGACGAAGUUUGAAGUACAAGUCGUUUAAAUACAACCACAUAGUUGCGUCGCUCAAACCGAAGAAGCCAUCUGCUCGAUCUUCAAUACAGAGUGAAGAAGAAAGGCGCUUUUCGGCGUAUUUGGAAGAACCAGUCCACACGCAGAAAGACAAAGAUGUGUUUGAGCAGUUCAAAAAUGACGUAACCUUUUGGAAAAACUUGCUGAUCAGUCUCUUGAGGAGUCCCAAUAUCGACCCUCACAUGGGAACAGACGUGUGGUCCCAGGGAGACGCCUACUGCGUGUUUGAACUACUCGCAAAAAUUUGCUCCCUUGACCCGUCCAUUUUGGAUAGCGAUAGCAUCGAAAAGAUCUUCAAGCUAUGUGGUGUGGGUUUUGAAAGACUCGGAGCUGGUUGUGGAAAGCUUCCUGUUGCCCUUAAUAGAGAUCCAAGUAGACCUGCCACAGAAGAUGAGGCCAAACGUGACCUCCUAGCGGACAAAAAGUUGACCAUGUACUUGCGCAGUGUUAAACUGAUGUUGAAAAUCUGCAGUAUGCGAACAGGCGAACCUGAAGUGCUGCAGCAUCUAGUCAGCUUUGUACAGAAAUUCCAUCUGACCAUGUUGCUUUACGAUAGUGAUCUGAAGAGCAAGCUCAAUGUCCUAUAUCCUUAUUGUGUGCAGAUCAGUACAAAGAACAAAAUUGCCGGUGGGACUGAUUUUUCGAAAUCCGAGACAAUGCAGACGGUCAGUCAACAGAUGAUGACCAAGAUCUACUACUACUGUUUUGUACACUUCUACAACAGAAAGAUACUUCACUUAGUCAAGUACCAGGAAUUUGACAGAAGAAAGGGAGCUAUAGACCAGAAAUUCCAAAAUCGAGGACAAGCAUGGGAUUUAACACCAGAGCGGCGAAAGAUGGUUCUAGACUUCGAAAGUCUGCAGGAGGAGAACUACGUGAGAGAGUUCCACUUGGAUGUCAUCGAUCAUUUUGUAAACAACACAACAGACAAUAUAAUUGGAAAACUUUGUGGGCAGCAUUUCAUUCCUGUGCCCAUUGUGAAAGCAGUCUUCUACACCACCGAGUUCGUGCUGAAAAACCUCGGCUUGCAGCGACAGAAAAAGCCGAUUGAAGAGACCGAGUCUGAAGACUACUCUUUGAUGAUACAAUCUGAGCUUCUUGGUUUCGACUUCGAAAAAGUUAUCAAAACAGAACGAUUGAAAAAGAGCGCGAAAACUGAAGACGAGAGCUUGAAACUUUAUUCCUAUUUCUUUUCUGGCUCAUCUACGCCAGGAAAAUCUGAUCUUCUGGAUUUCAUAACGAAGCUGCUGGAAAAUUUUAUAAAUACGUUCUUGCUUGGGAGACCAACUGAUCGCCACAAACAUUUUUUCAAGGUGAUUACGUUUGAAAGAUCAGCCAUUGAGCAUGUGCGAGACUUGAACUACCUGAAGUGGGCAUCUCCGAAUCCAAAACAGGCUCCUAACUCCAAAGAGUUUUUGCAGAAAAUCACAUACGAAAAGAAUAUUGAGUUACCACGGGGCAGCGACAAUGCUUUUUCGAAUGAUUCCUUGCAGUUGCGAGAGGAAUGUGCCAAAGAGGCUGUUCAGAUUUGGGAGGAGCAGUGUCUACACUACUGCAGCAAGAAUGAAGUGGUCUGUUUCUGCAAGUACAAGGACCUCGCUGUAUAUGAGAAGAAACCUCAAGUCGACGCAGUUAUAUCCUUGAAAUUGUCAUCUGAUCGACAGAAAAUCAUUUACAAAUUAGCUGACGGAAAAAGCAAACAGACAAUCAAUGAAAAGGGCAGUGAGAAUUCGGUUAUGGUGAAAUCGUGUUGCUUCACCAUCGCCGUUGACAAAGUUGCCCGGCUGACCAUUGACCUUGUGGACCAUGGACAGCAGCAGACAGACACUACUCACUUUCCAAUCCUGAUAGAGGAAAAGGCCAAUGAGAACGACGCCGCUUCUCUAAUUUUCUUCUGCAAGGCUCUCGAAAAUGUUCUGGUGGACGCCCCUCAACAGAUUAAGCGAACUUCCGGGACAGACAUAGACAAGAAGAUAUGCGAAAAGAUAGACAAAAGACCCGAAAUGGUGAAGAAAAUUAGCGAUUUGCUCCUCCAAACCAGAACAUUCCCUGCAUAUUGUCUUCCAAUAGAACGAAAGGAAACAAAAGGAGUUCCUUCUAUGCCCCCGCUUCCUACUAGUCUUCCUAUCUCAAACUCAGCGGACGAGUUUCUCUAAAAUAAGAAUUGAAGCAAAAUUCGACCAUUUAGUGUCCAAACCGACAUCUUAGAAUGAAAUAUAAAUCAAAAUUCGACCAAUUAUUGUCCAAAAUGCCAUGAUCGUUUUCUGUAUUAAUGAUUAAAUCAAAAGUAUUGAUUCAUUACUUCUCACGAAUCGAUAAUUUAAUUUUUUAUCUGUAAUUAUUUUUGAUUGCUUCAUUUUACCGUCCGAUUGGACCCCAAUAUGACUUAAUUUGAAUAUAAUUAUAAACAUACGAGUUUUAUAUGCUUAUAUUCUAACUAAUAAAAUGUAUUUAAUUUUGAAACAAAGUUUAAAUCUUAUU